UCCGCUUUCGGCAAUGUUGCUCGAUCGCUGUCAUCUAGUGAGUCUUUUCCAUCUUGUCAGCCGUCGCAAAUAGAUUACAAUGGCCGAUACAUCCUCCCAUUUGAACUGGUUGAUCAUCCGUGAUCAUAACGCGUUCCUCUUGAAAAGGCGUAACAUCAAGAAGGCGUUCAGUACGGAGCCUAACAACCUGACCAAUCUGAGCUCGUACCGUUACAGCGGACUGGUUCACAAGAAGACGAUCGGAAUCGUGCCCGCCGAUAAGGGAAUUAGUGUGGUCUACAAGAGGCCAAAGAAGCACACCAACCCGGCCAAAGCAACCGUGAAGGUAACGUUGAAACACCGUCCCCGUCGUACGUUGAAGAAGCUGAAGAAUAUCAUCAAUGGUAACCGCUACCGACGGGACUUGCGUCAGGCUGCUCUGCGUCGUGCUAGCGCUAUCCUGCGUUCUCAGCGACCGACUACAGCCAAGAAGGGCAAGGGUGCUGCUACCACUUCGGGAAGUACGGCAACCGCAGCUGCUCCCAAGAAGGCCGAGUAAACUUUUCUGACGGGAGGAAUUGUUUUGCGUCGCGGGAGAAGUUUGUUCUAUCAGUGAUUACUUCUGGUAAACAUUAAAACUGAACAGUCGUACGCUCUGUGAGUAUGCGGCAGAAAAUAAAGGUGAUGAAAAAUGGAA